AUGUCUGGAUACCAGCAUUUAACUAAGGCGGGAUCACGGUUUUUGAAGCAGGUUGAGAAUCGUCCCAAGCAUCUCUUGGAUCACUUUAGAAAAUUUGAAGAGAAGUCCAUGCCUUCGUUUUUAGUCCCUAGUAUACCCCGAGUUGAAGAUGCUGAGCGUUUCAGGACUGAAAAGGAGUGGAAAUUUAUGCCUGGUGAUAGAGUAGUAGUACUCAAGGGCAAGUGGAGAGGACAAAUAUCCAUUAUUCAGCAGCAGGAUAAGGAAACGAACGGCUUUAUUCUAGACGAAAAUGGACCUACGAAGACCGUACCUGUCCCCAAGCAAUUUUGGUCUGAAGGUCAAACCUCGCAUAUGGUAACAUUUCCUGUUGCCGUUAAGCAAGCGGAUUUAAAGCUAGUAGCAGACAUUGACGAUCCUGAUACACCUGGUAAAACGAGAAGCGUAGCCGUAAGGGACGUGGUAUUUCGCGGAACCUAUUACGACGAAAAUUAUAAAAAAGUGAUGCCUUAUAGAUGUGUUUCUGGCCAAGAAGACUUGGUUAUUCCCUGGCCGAAACCAGAAUUUAAAGAAGACGGAGAAUUGGCCACCAGCCCGGCAAUUGCAAGGGAGCAAACAUAUUGGGUGGAAAGUAUUGCAAGAAGCCCAAUUCCUGAGGGUGCAUUGUUAACAAUCCGCAACCCCAAAUCUAAAUACAGGAGAGGUGUUUUGACCCCUAAGGACAUUGCGAAGCUGGUCGCGCCUAAAAUGCCAUUGUCGAAGACGAAGAAGGCAUAUAUUGCUGAGAAAAAAGAGAUGGCCAUGGCAUCAAAACGUAUUCUCACUGAUGAGGACAAGGAAAAGAUAGGCAAUGCAAUUUACGAUCAUUUCAAAGGGCACCUUUAG